AUGCUCUCGCUGCUGUCACUACUUGAGAAACGUCGGAAGAUUAUUCUCAGUCGCUCCAGAAACUCAACCAUGGCCUCUGCCACGGAGCAGCAGCAGCAACAGCAACAGCAGCAGCAGCAGCAGCAACAAACAACGCUGGAGUUUUAUCAGGCGAUGGCCGAUUUUAAGAACAUGUUUCCACAGAUGGAUGACGAUGUGAUAGAGGCUGUACUGAGAUCCAAUCAGGGAGCUGUGGACACCACAAUCGACCAAUUGCUCACCAUGAGUACUGACAACGAGAACGAGAAAAUUAGGAGCGAGCUGGAGCAGAAGGAAGAGCUUCCAAGCACCGCAAAGUCACCCAAGAAAGACUCGAGCAAAGCAGCGUUAAGAAGCAGUGUUCAAAAAUGGCAGCCUCCACUGUUGGGACCAUUGCCAGACACCUUUUUAAGGCUCCCCCAGCAAAUAUCUGAUGAUGGCAUCGAUUUGGCAUAUUCGCAAGAGAAUACUAUGCUAGAGGACGAGAGGAUCGCUAUGUUUUUGCAGAACGAAGAGUUCAUGGCGGAGCUUCGUUGGAAUGAAGAUUUCCUGUCUACAUUGGAACAUGACUCAAAGCUGGAGAAGUGCAGCAGCCAGACCGGUCACGACGACGAGGAUCUGUUUAAAGAAAGACUGAAAAAUAUGGGCAAACUAUCCCGACGUAAAUUCGCGCAACUUACGAAGGUGUUCACUCGCAGUAAGAAACGCGGCGGCAGACAAUUGUUACCACCGACAGCUUCUUGCGACGAUCUUCUGGAUCCGGAAGAAUCAUCCAAACCUCAAUCCUAAAGAGAGAUUUAUAUCUAUACGAUCCUGCUAGAAUAUUUACUCUUGUUUCUCGUCAUCGUGAGACGGCAAAUUCAACGACGUUUGCAGCUUAAUUUAAAUGUCAUAUGUCACGAAAAGAAGCAUAUCUAUGUCGUGACUUGCGAUAGACGAGAUAACUACGUCAGGGUCGUGUAAGAUAUAAAUUAAUUAGCGAUUCAGGUUUUUAGCUCACUUGAUGGUUGACAAUUAGCUGCAGAGAUAAUGGAAUUACAAGAUUUUAACUUAAAGGUGCGUCAGUGAAACAAAGACUCACCGAAUAGAGUGAAUAUCAAGUAAAACGCUUGAAACUAAUAAAAGAAUUAUCAAAAAACCGUAUCUCGGUAAUUAUGCAGAUAUACGUAGGAAUUAAUUAAUCUUAAAGCAUUAAUCAAUCUUAGUGCGUUAAUUAAUCUUAAUGUAUUUUCUAGUAAAGACGCAGAUCUGUUUCUGAUAAAUUCAGUGUGAUAUUUUACGAUGUUGUGACGUAAAGUUUAUUUUAAUAGAUUUUAUAUUUUGUUGUUGUACGUUGCUUGCGAUUAUCCGUAUUACUAUGUAUUACUGCGUAUUAUUGCGUAUAAUCGUUUGAAGACUGACACAAGAAAGUUUUACAGAAAUCUAUCGAGCGAUAAUCUUGAUAGAAUUUUUUAUCUCUGAUAUUGGAAAAAUACUUAAUUCAAAUUAAUAACAGUCGUCAUUGUUUUACAUAAGCGUGACGAGUAAAACAAAUAAAAUUUUUAUUGUACGCAAAAUACGCAAUAUGUUUUGCUUUCUAGCAUGUACGGCUACGAAAGUAAUUGAUGUUGUAUAUAUAUGUUCAUGUGCAUCGUACGCCGAUAGUGCGUCAAUGUUAAUUAGGCACGAUAGUUUAUUGAAAAUUUAAAAAAGCGCAACAUCGAUCUGGAUUGGAAAGAAAAUGUGAUUCUUUUAAAAAUCCGAUUUUCGAGAAGAUGGAGGUCUGAUCUGGUAAGAUAAACAAUUGAUUCGUUAAGAUAGAGAUGAAAAAUGGGUGAAGGUUUAUGUUAUAUUUUCGUGAAAUCUUGCAUUAUUCUAGAUAAUUUGCUAAAUUCAAAAUUUGAAACACUACACGAAUAUUAGAUGCCUUCAUUCAUUUAUUCUUUCGAUUCUACUUGCGAUUGCAAGUAAUAAUUGCACCUCUUUUAGACGUAAAACCUAGUCAUUCAGUCUAGCCAUUAUUUAUUGAACAAAGCUCUGUUAUUGUAACGAUAUCGUGUGAAUGUAGAAAAUAUUUAUAAAAGUGAUUGUAGACAGUCUAAGUAAUUUACAACAUGUGCUAUGAUGACAAACACGUAUGAGAAUAAAUUGGAAGAGCUGGAA